AAAAUCUCAAUCCUGCAGCAACCGUGCAGCCAUGCUCAGGGUGUGUAGUUUUACGAUAGUACUGCUCGUGGCAGCCUUGGGUGGCUUUGCUAGCGGGCAGCAGCAAGAGCGCGUGUGUGCCAUCGCUCGUUACACUGCCGAAUGUGAACAACUGCAGCGUGGUGCAUCGGAGGUAAUAUGCGUUCCGGUGCAAGACAGUGUCGAGUGUGCUCAGCGCAUCCGCAACAAGACGGCUGACUUUGGGGUGUUUAGCACCGAAAGUGCGCUUCUCACGGCCAGCCUCGGCUGGGAGGAUCUAACCGUCAUCAAGGAGCUGCGUAGUGCUGAGCGGAUGCGUGAAGCCGUCGACUAUCAGGUGGCCGUUGUAGUACGCAGCACCCACACUGGCGGGCUGGAUGGACUGCGAGGACUACGCUACUGUCAUCCGGGUUUCCAUUACAGCCGCACACAGCGCUGGACCGAGCGUGUCCUUAAGCACUUCGAGCGGUUGGUUGUACCGGCCAAGUGCGACGAUUUCCACACCAUCACCGAGAUGGAGGCGGCCGGUGUGUCGCAGUUCUUUGGUGAUUCCUGCCGGCCAGGAUUGUGGUCACACAUUCCGAAGGAUGACGCUGAUUUGAAGCAAAAGUACGCGAAGCUUUGCUCGAUCUGCCCAAAUCCGACCACAUGCUCGUACGAGGACACAAUCAACACGCAACAGGAAGCCCUGAAGUGUCUCGAGCGUGACGGAGACGUCGUGUACGCUUCCGUGCUCGAGAUUAAUCGCUACUUCGAGGACAACCGAGCGAUUUCGAACGACUUUUCGUUCCUCUGUCCUGAUGGUACGCUUGCGCCCGUUGGAGGGCCAGCCUGUAGCUGGAUCACACAACCCUGGCCCGUAGUGUUGGCCUCCAGGGAUAAGUCCGUGCAGCUGUCGGCGCGCAUCGACAACUGGCAGCGUAACGCAGCGGCUGCGUGGGAGCGUGCCAUCGUCGAUAUCCUGACACGGCACAAUACGGACAGGAUAAUGCCAGCCACAACGAUCCAAUCGCCGAUCUACUACUUGCGUCCACACCGACCAAUGCCAAUCCCGUCCGAUAUCUGCCAAACGACGGCUCGCUGGUGUACGACUUCCCCUGAGGAGUGGGACAAGUGUGACGUCCUUGCGAAGGCUGGCCUAACGUCCGGUGUGUAUCCGCUGCUCGAGUGUAACAAUCCCACGACGAACCGGAUCAGCUGUCUGCGGGAAAUUGCGGCAGGACGGGCCGAUUUCGCUGGAAUCGAUUCCAAUUACGGCUAUCUGGCACGACAAUCGAACCUGGCGGCAGCGCUGUACCAGGAAACGGAAAAGGAUAAAUACUCCUCGGUGGUGGUGCUGGUGCACGAGGGUCGUGGACACGAUCGGUUCGAGAAGCUGCGAAACUCCAAGGCAUGCUUCCCUGAGUUUGGCGGCAUCGCCUCGAUUGCGUUCGUGAACAUCGGCCGAUCACGCGGUAUCUUCGAUCGAAACGAGUGCAACUAUGGGCGUUUGAUGAGCGACUUCUUCUCGGAAUCGUGUGCACCAGGAUCGCGAGAUGACAUGCACGAUCCGACUGGUGAGAACGCUGAGAACUUGUGCGCCCUCUGCCAGUACGGUGAUAAACCUACGGCUCGCGGAUCGAACAACUACGAAACGCCGGCCGAAGAUGGGGCUUCUGAGAUGGACGAUACUACUGAGGAACCACCAGUAGAAGGUAUCGAUCCUGCUCUCCGACAAACGGACAACGUCGACGCAACCGUUGACAGGAAUCUGCUGUGUGCGGCAUCCGACACAAACCGGUACUAUGGUACACGUGGCGCUUUGCGGUGUCUGCAGGAAGCCGGUGAUGUGGCCAUCAUUGAAGCUCAAAAUCUGGCAGACCAUGCCCAAUUUUUGGCGGUAAAUGAGAGCAAUUACCGCGUGUUGUGCCGGAACGGGUCACUUGCCGCUUAUCCAGGUUUCACCGUCGAUGAGGACUGCUACCUGACGACGAUCGUCGAUGGGGAGAUUGUGGUCCGGCGCCAGUGGGAAAAGACAGAUAACAUUGUGCACGCGCUCAGCUCACUCGAUGCGUACCUUCAGAACGAUCCGGACUUCCGGAUGUACAACAUUUUCUCGGGCCAUCGGAAUCUGCUGUUCGAGGACUCCGCUCUUGGGCUCGUGUCGCCGCAGCAUACCGAGCUCGGUGCCUCGGUGAAGAACUACAUCCGGUUGUUUGAAAACAUCGAGGACUGCCAGAAUGCUGCCCCGUCGACGACGAUCGCGCCGGGUGGAACCGGUGGGCGGGCGGCCAUCCUUACGGUUAACUUUUUGCUCACACUGCUGGUUGCAGGCAUCAUCGCGUGGAGACUGUAACGGUCCCGUGUGUUGAGGUAGUAUAGUGCACCGGCACAUCCGAAUUUAAUUUGUGCAGCAAGCAACUAAAACUGGAUGAACAAUAAAGAUAAAAUUUAAACGUAUCUGUGUUCGGAAACGAAACAAAAAAAUCACCAUCGAACAGAACCAUUCAAAUACGAUAGAAAAAUAGAACGGUCCGACGUUUUCGAUUUAUUUCGACGUUUAACAGAUUACGAGAUAAGGGAAUGGAAAGUCACGGAUCCAGUGUAACAUUUGCUCAAAUUAAAUAAAUUC